AUGAAGCACCCACACAGGUGGUGCCAGACCCCUCCCUCAGUCAUCGUCCGGGUCAAACCCAACAGCACUCACACUCUCCAAAUCAGGAGAGGUCUUCGGUUGAAAAGAGCCACCACCCCCGCCGGGAAGAGCACGCCGAGCCGGCUGCAGAUUGGGACGCCGAAGGCCAGAAACCCCUUGGUUCCAACUAUUGUCAUCCAGCAUCAGGAAAUGGCUUCAUACUUCAAACUUUUUGAUGAUGACUUCAUUCAAGACUUCCUGUGGACGGACUGCUGCCGCAAACUGACAGACAAGUACCUGCUAGCCAUGACCUUUGUGUACUUCAAAAGGGCCUGCUUCACUAUUGACGAGUACACCAGGAAGAAUUUUUUCACCGCACUGUAUCUUGCCAACACCAUGGAGGAGGACGAGGAAGAGAGCAAGUACGAGAUUUUUCCAUGGGCGCUGGGCAAGACCUGGAGGAGGCAGUUUCCCAGCUUCCUCCAGCAGCGAGACAAGCUGUGGGUUCGCAUCGAGUACCGAGCGGCUGUCAGCAGGCGCUGCUGCGAAGAGGUGAUGGCCAUUGUGCCCGCUCACUUUGUGUGGCAGCGGGAGCGAUCGGAGCUCCACAGCGGAGCCCAGCGACAGUACACUGGCAGAGUCAACAUCAGUAUCCCCCGGGGACCCUUCGCCUCGCCAGUCACCUGUGUCCUCUGUCACCACAGCACCAGGUUAGACCAGGGCCUAGGCUCCUCCCAUCCCAGCAGAGGGUCUCCUGCACUGAGCCCCAACGCCACCUAUCCAGACCCGUUCAUGGCCAUGCUGACUUUGGAGACCACCCCGCCCAGGGCUGCAGCCUCUGGCAGGAAGGCAGCAGAGACUAAAAGACACGUCCAGCCUUCGUCCUGCUGCUGUGCUGAGGGGGUUCCUGGGGAUGAGUCUUCCUGUGGCUCUACUCUCGACACCUCUAUGAACUGGAUCAGUGAGGAGUAG